CCCUAAAAGUAUAAUUCAGACAGAUCUAACAGCUUUGUCACUUUAGAACGUUUUCCAUAAAUGGUAGAAUUUGUUGAAAUUUGAUACUUUAUUAGUAUGUGUAAAUUCAAAUUAAACAAAUGAUCUGUCAGAAAUAUUUGCAACAACAUGCUCCAGCGCAUUUUACCAGUCGACUGUAAAGAAGCUGAUGUGGUUCUAUUGCAAAAAAUAACAAAUAGUACAGUUGAAUACAGAUGCAUAUCUAGCGAAGACGUAGAAAUUUUCCAAUUGGGAGAUGUUAUGAAGAAUGAAAACUUGGCUGAUGUUUCUCUUUGCGGGCUGGAUCCCAACCGACAUCAGGUUUUUGCUGCUGCUUAUGGGGAGGGUGAUGAAUCCCAUCAAAUCAGACGAUGCUCUACUAAAGAGUAUUUUACCUUAACAGGAGAGAAACAAAAAAAAAUGACUCGAGAAAAUAUGGAGGAUAUACUUCUCAACAUUCCUACAACCAAGACAGCUGUUCUUUCAAACUAUUUGCAAUACGUAAUUUAUAUUUUCUUACAUCUAAACAGAAUACUAGCAUUUAACAACUUCUCAACUGCUGAAAGUCUCUUUCACCUAUACCAGGGAGUUCAAAGGGCCCGACAAGAAAUGGCUAAUGUCCUCAUUAAUGAGAAAGAAAAGAAAGAAGAGGAGGCACAAAGAAGCGAAAAAAAAGAUAAAGAAGUUCCCCAGCAGACAAAGUGAGUAUACUAACAUCAAAGCUGAGAGACAAACACUAUAUUCAUCAACUAUUAUUUUAGGAACACCAAGAAGCUUUGGAAG